AUGGCGUCCCACCCAGCAGUUUUGUUGACCGUUUUACUGUUCUGCACAUACGGUGUGAAGGUGUCGUGGAGCCAGUACCACAAUUCAACAGCGCUGUCCAUCCAAAUAGACACGUUGUUUGCGGAGUACGACAGAGAAGUGCCUCCACCGAGUUCAGGUGCCCUCGAAGUUCACGUAACACUGAACGUCAAUCAUGCCAACAUCGAUCAAGAACAGUCUGUGAUGAGGCUGCUGGCUGAUUUACAUUUGGUAUGGGUAGACAAACGCCUCCGGUGGAAUCAAACGGAAUGGGGUUGUGAUUACGCUAUUACAGCGGCAGAACGUCUCUGGCUCCCAGACAUCGUACUGAUGAACGCAGCGGCCACCGGCGUGUCCACCGCUCCUAGUGACGUCGGCCUGAGAGCUCGCCUUAAUUAUGAUGGAGCGAUAACCUGGGCUAUGAGGCUGGACCUCACAGCGCCCCUGGAGUUACAAUUGUACGACUGGCCCGAAGACACACAGUCGUGUAUUUUCAGGUUUGCGCCAAGGUCGUACAGCUCGGAUCAAAUUGAGCUCAAAGUUAUUGAGGCGCAGAGCGCGGUUGUAUUCGAAAGUGGCACCUGGGAGAUCCAGACGAUAAACGGCGAUACAUUAAAAUGGGAUCGCGGUGAGGAGGAGACCAGUGUGGCGCUGUGGAUGAUCGCAGUGAAGCGCCGUGCGCCCGCGCACGCCCUUGCAGCCAACACUGUGUUGAUCGCCUCUGCACUAGUCCUCGCUGCAGCGAUAUCGCUGCCUCCUGAUCAACGACAUGCGCUAGCAGCCUGCGCGUCAUUCAUCGCGACUCUGUGGAUGAUCACGGCGCUGCUCCGUCUGCCCGGGGCGCACACGUGUCCCCGCGUGUUGUCCCUGAUGUGCGCCAUGUGCAUAUGUGGUGCACUCUGCAGCGCGUGCGCAGCGUUCGUGAGGCGCGUGGCGAACUGCCCCGUGCCACCGCCGCGCCUGCUGCGGGGCCUGCUCUCCAGCCUCUCCACUAUCUGCAGGCUUACGCCUUCACCCGAAGCCUGUACAUCAUCAGAGAGCGGUGCGUGGGCGGCGGCGAGUGUGCUGGCGGACCGCACGCUGUGCGGCGCGUUGCUGCUGACGCUGCUGGUGCUGCUCGCCGUGCAGCUGCUCUAA